AACUACGAAUCAUGGCAUAACAUGCCUGAUAGCAAUAAAAAUCAAGCUCUCUCUAAUAUUAAGGAUAGGUUUGCUUUAGAGGUCUCUGAUGCCUAUAUCAAGAAGGCAUUGGGUAAAAAAUGGAGAGACAAUAAAAGCAUUUUGAAAAAAGAAUAUUUUAAAAAACCCAUAAGCCUCGAAGAAAAAUUGCAAAAUGUCCCACCGAGAAUGCUGAGGUACCAAUGGGAAGAUGCGGUUCGAUUUUGGAAUUCGAAGAAAGGAGAGGACCGUGAGCGAGUUGGAACAAGCAGCAGGCAAAAACAAAAAUUUACGCACACGGCAGGGUCGAAAAGUUUUGCUUGUGUAGCUCAGGCCGAGGAAGCCUCGUCUGGUCAAAAAGUUGGACGCCUUCAACUUUUUGACAUUACGCAUAGGAAAAAAGAUGGAACUCCGAUGUCAUAUGAGGCUGCAAAAAUUAUGAGCGGAGGCGGCCGAGGAGGCGGAGGCGUGGCGAGGAGGCGAGCGAGCAGGAAAUACAAUGAACUCCAAAGAAGACUUCAUCUAUGA